AUGGCAGCAGCAGAUGACGAAACACAGUCUGUUGAACAGGCGGUCGAAGAGCAGGUCACAGCAUUUGAUGAUAUAGAUUCAAUGACUGUCAAACAUCCUCUGCAGAGUGCGUGGACUUUGUGGUUCGACAGUCCCAACAAAAAGUCAAGUGUAAAGGAAUGGAGCUCCAAUUUAAAAGAAAUCAUUUCGUUUGAUACCGUUGAAGACUUUUGGGGAGUGAUUAACAAUGUCAUUGGAGCAUUGGAUAUUCCACUGGCGGGCAACUAUCAUUUGUUUAGAAAGGGGAUUGAACCUGCGUGGGAAGAUAAAGCCAAUUCCAAAGGCGGAAAAUGGUCGUUUGCCAUUACAAAGCAAAGAAGAGUACAAGAUCUGGACAAGUUCUGGCUGAAUACGAUGAUGGCUGUUAUUGGCGAGCAAUUCACAUACUCUGAUGAAAUUACUGGAAUCGUUGUAUCUAACCGUAGAGCACACGAUCGUAUUUCCGUCUGGACACGGGAUGCUGAAGAUCGAGAAAAGUGCUUGAAGAUUGGUGAGGAGCUGAAAAAGUUUUUGCCUACUACCGAGAUCAUCAGCUAUCUAAGUCACUCUGACCCUCAAAAGAAAAAAUCUAGCAGUUUCAAUAGCGAUAAAUACACCAUUUAG